AUGACCACUACGACGACAGCCGACGACGCCGUCACGCCCGUGCCGCCCACGGCCAUGUCCGUUUGGCGCGAAACGGACUGGGUGCCGUCACGGUCGAUGGCUGACAAGGACACGGACGAGUACGAAGCGUCAUUCCUGCAAGGAAAGCGCAAGAAGAUCCUGAUCGUCUUCGCCGCCGCCCUUGUGGUCGUGGGUACCGCCAUCGGGGUCAUCGUAGCCACGUCCACUGAGACCGCCGAUGCGUCCCAAGCCAGUGGCGUGUCGUCGUCGUCCACGACGAUUGCCCCCGUGUCGACCCCUUCGACGAUCGCAGGAGGCAGCGGCGAACUCUUGGUCGGGUCGACUGGCGGGGCGGUUGUGUCUGAAGUGGACCACUGGCAACUUUACCUUGGCCAACGAUAUCACGGCCACAACGAACUCUAG